AGUUUAUAUCGAUCAAUGGGAAAUACCGGAGCGCAUCCCACUGGCGCGCGUCGCUCGAGGAGCUCGAUACCUGCCCGCGCUGUCACCCAGAGUGACUUGUAAAUGAGCGCGCGACGAGAAGAAAAACUAGGGGACAUUCAUGACAAAGUUUAGCAUAUCAUUCAUCUGCCAGGACUAGACGCGGGUGUGUUUUACGCGGCACAUUUAUGAGGAAACAAAACCGGCUACCGAGAUUCCAAAAGCUGAUUGAGAAUAAAGACAUGCAGGCUCGUGCGUGAGGACGACGAUGGAAAAAGCCCCGUGAGAGAGAUACCGAGCGUUUUGGUGCUGGAGGGUGAAGUUUCUUCGACAUGCCCGAGAAUGCCUCCCUCAUCAGGAACCGGACGGAUAUCGGGCAGGGUCGCGAGUGGGGUAACGGGGCGGGCGCGCGGCCAACAUGGGUUGUUACGGUGCUGGCCAGCGUGCUGAUCUUUACGAGUGUGGUGGAUGUGCUCGGGAACGUGCUGGUCAUCAUCUCGGUGCUCAGAAACAGGAAACUGAGAAACGCCGGUAACGCAUUCGUAGUGAGUUUGGCUUUUGCCGACCUCCUUGUGGUUUGCUAUCCGUACCCUCUGAUUCUGCACGCCAUGCUGCAUGCGGGCUGGUUGCCGGAUGAGAUGGAAUGCAAGGUGAGCGGUUUCCUGAUGGGUGCGAGCGUCAUCGGUUCCAUCUUCAACAUCACCGCCAUCGCCAUCAACCGCUACUGCUUCAUCUGUCAGACCAACACUUACGAGAGAGUCUACGGACGCGUGGGAACCCUGGCGCUGUUGACGCUGGUGUGGGUCUUCACCGCCCUUGCCAUCCUCCCCAACCUGGCGCUGGGCUCAUUGACGUAUGACCCCCGGGUUUAUUCAUGCACGUUUAGUCAAACGACGAGCGCAAGUUACACCAUCGCCGUGGUGACCGUGCAUUUCCUGCUUCCCAUCGGCGUGGUCAUCUUCUGCUACCUGAGGAUUUGGGUGCUGGUGCUGCGUGUUAGGAGGCGGGUCACCAGCGACACCAGGCCACGGCUGCGUCCCAACGAGCUACGGCACUUCCUGACCAUGUUCGUCGUCUUUGUACUGUUCGCCGUCUGCUGGGCGCCGUUGAAUCUGAUUGGCCUGGCUGUAGCGGUGGACCCGCCCCGUGUUGCGCCCAUGAUCCCCGAUUGGCUGUUUGUGGUGAGUUAUUUCAUGGCGUACUUCAACUCCUGCCUGAACGCCGUAGUGUAUGGACUGCUCAAUCAGAACUUCCGCAGGGAAUACCGCAGAAUACUCCUGUCGCUCUGUAAGCCACGCCUCUUUCUGCAGGAGACGUCGAGGGGCGGGACUGAGCGCAGCAACAGACAUUCGCCUGGCAACAACAACAAUGACCAGCCUAAGGCGAACACAAUAUAA